UAUUUGCUCUGACGUUGUGACAGUGGGGCCGGGGUUCUUGGGCCUGCAGUGCAGGGGUAGGACAAUAAAGAGACACUUCACGUUUAAAUGGUUUACAGCUGCCUAUGUAGCGUAUCUGAUGUUUAUGAGACUAUGGUUUAUGUUAGGUGGCACUUUUAAAGGAGGAUUAUCGCCGAUUUAGGCAGCUUUCUAGUGUUUCUUCGCUGUAGGCAUUUGUCUUUUUUUACGAUUUUCGCGUUCUGAUUCCUGUACUGCCAAUUACGCUACAUUAGGAUUGGAUGUGUUCGGGGUGUUGAGACUAAACUGAGUAGGAGGAUUGGUGUUUCUGAGAGUGGCCCAGGGUUUGGGUGGAUGUCACCACUAAGCAGUAGCCUGCAAGCAAUGUUGCGUUCAAAACAUACCAAAGAGAUGGUGAUGGAGAAGCCAAGUCCCCUACUUGUAGGGAGGGAGUUUGUGCGACAGUACUAUACCUUACUAAACAAGGCACCAGAUUUCUUACACAGGUUUUAUGGCAGAAACUCGUCUUACGUUCAUGGAGGACUUGAUGCCAAUGGACAGCUCGCUGAAGCAGUUUAUGGCCAAGCUGAGAUUCACAAGAAGGUUAUGUCCCUACAAUUCUCUGAAUGCCAUACGAAGAUUCGCCAUGUGGAUGCUCAUGCAACUCUAAAUGAUGGAGUAGUUGUACAGGUUAUGGGUGAACUCUCAAAUGGAGGGCAGCCAAUGAGGAAAUUCAUGCAAACAUUCGUACUGGCACCAGAAGGGUCCGUUCCUAACAAAUUCUAUGUCCACAAUGACAUUUUCCGCUAUGAGGAUGAAGUAUUUGAUGACUCUGAGCCUGAACUGGAUGAAGAAUCUGCAGAUGAAGUGGAGGAAGAACAUGAAGAACAGCCACCAACUCCUGAACAUGUGCAGGAGACUACUAAUGGACCUUUUGGUGACUCUCACUCUGUACUCAAUGGGGAUGCAAAUGAGACUUUGGAAGAAGUGGUACUUGAACAGGAACUGGAAGUAGAGCCAGAAUCAAAAUCAGAGGAGCCCAAGCCAGAACCAGAGGAAAAACACAGUGAAGAGAGGGAGGAAAGCACACCUCCUCCUGUCCCUGCAGAGCCAGUUUCCCCACCCCAGGAGCCACCAAAGGCUUUCUCCUGGGCCUCAGUGACCAGUAAAAACCUGCCUCCUAGUGGUACUGUUCCUUCCACGGGAUUUCCACCCCAUGUUGUAAAAGCACCAGCCUCACAGCGAGGUGAAACAAAAUCCGAAGCUCAGAUUCUGUCUCCACGAAUGCGUGACCAGCGUCUUCGUGAUCGACCAGGAUUAAUUUCAAGAGGACCAAGACCUGGUAGAGAAGGGGAACAAAAUGAAUUUGACAGUCGGCGGAUUUUCCGGUACCCUGACAACCAUCAGCUUUUUGUUGGCAACUUGCCCCAUGACAUUGAUGAAAAUGAGCUGAAAGAGUUCUUCAUGGGUUUUGGAAAUGUCAUGGAACUUCGUAUCAACACAAAAGGAGUUGGAGGAAGGCUGCCUAACUUUGGAUUUGUUGUGUUUGAUGAUUCAGAGCCAGUUCAGAAGAUUUUAAAUUCCAAGCCAGUUAUGUUUCGUGGUGAAGUACGUUUGAAUGUAGAAGAAAAGAAAACAAGAGCUGCACGGGCAAGAGAGGCACCAGGUGGAGAUGAUCGCAGAGAUGUCCGGCGGAAUGACAGAGGCCUAGGGGGUCCUCGUGGAAUUGGAGGCGGUGGGAUGGUGCGCGAUCGUGAUGUGCGAGGACCACCACCAAGGGGAGGCAUAACACAAAAGCCAGCUAGUGGCAGAGGAAAUGGUUCAGGAGAAAACCGUUUUAUAGGGCAGCGACGCUGAAACACCACUGUUGAGGAGGUUAGCAGUGGUACUGUGUUCUUUGCAUUCAAGUUAAUUUCCUUUUUUUUGGCUUCAGGAAGUGAUGCAGCCUUUUGAUCCAGUUCACGUGAAAACUGGCUUUAGUUAACUGUUCAACUGAGGUAUAGGAUUCAUGCACUUAAUUUAUAUAUUACUACAGCCUCAAGAAUUUUGGACAGAAGAAGACCCUUAAAACAACUUAAGUAGAAAAGAACGUGCCUAGCUGAUUUAGUCCUGUUAAAAAAAAAAUCUGCACAUUUUGUAAAAGUGUUAACUGUUUUUUCCAGUUUACAGUUAAAGGCUGCAAGUCAGGAAGCUUGCCUUCAUUUUCUUCUGUAGAACUUGUAGCUGAAAAAAAACUUGCAUUUAUGCACUCAGAAUGCACUAAUGGGUACUGUAGUCAUUUUCUUUCACAGUUGUGGGAGGUGGUAGGGAAAAAUCUACCAUAGUCCACUUGAACAGAAAUGCUGGUGUAUGAUGCAGGCAUCUUGCUUGCUUGUCUGUAUUAAAGAUAUUUACACAUAAACCUUAAGUUAUGCUUAAAACCUAAUAGAGUGGGGAAGAGCAAUUAAAAAGCUGUUAAGUGAAAGUCCUAAGUGCUAAACAUUUGGCUCUGUUUUUCUUCUGCUGUAGAACUGAUAUGGCUGGGCUGCUCAGUACGCCUUUCCUCUGCCUUUAAAUGGCAGUAUGUGGUAAAACUCGUAGGUUGACUUUGUUUUUCAGGUCGCUUUGUUAAAAAUAACAUAGCGUGAUGGUGCCUUUUAAAAUGUCAUUCCAGUUCUGCUUUAGACUGUACAGCACGAUGUUUUGGUUGUUUUGUUCUGAAAGGCAGACAGCCUUUGUCUCGCAGAGUCACAGUGGAGAUGAGUCACAGUAUCCUUAGUUGGGUAGAUACAUAAAACAUUCCCUUUUUGUUUUAUCAGAACAGAAAUGUGAUAGUGAUUGUGCUUCAGAAUGAAUGCUGGAGUAUUUUGUAAUUUUUGUUUUUGUUACUUGAGUUCUUGUAAUUAAAAUGUGGGGUAUACCCCAAGCACAAAAUGUAUUGCAAAAGCCAUUGAUACAGGUCUUUUGUUUCCUUUAGUGUUUACAUGUGAUUUUAGUCAUUUUUUUUCAUGUUCUAUAUUUCAGUAGUUUAGGUAUGCAGGGCGACGUAAAGCACACUAAGGAUACUGUACCUUUGAACAAAACAGCAGCUUUAAAUGUUUACAUUUUCUAGUUUGUGUACUGUGUACCACAUGCUUCAUGAUUUCUUUGAGAAACAAUUAUGUAAAAAAAAUCUGCAUAGUAAACUGCUGUGGUUAUGGAUUUUUUGUAAUCACAGGGUUUAGUGUUAUUGUUGCCUUCCCCAUUGUGACUGUUAAGGGAAGUGUUCACUUUUCUUGAAUGUACUGUUUACUUGAAUAUCAGAAAGCAGCAAGACACAACCGGGUCAGACAUUUGCAGAACUGAAUUAACAGCCUGGUAUAUUUAUGCUUUUUGAAAAAUGAAUGUGACCAUUUAAAGCUGCUGUAAGCAUGGAAGACCUCAUCACUUGUGGCUGUUAGUAUAGUUUAUUCAUGUAGCCGCAGCGGUAUAGUUGUGUAAUGGAAGCUGGUAACUGGAUUUCUCAAAUUGCCAUAUGCACAAAGGAAUGUUGGCAUGCUGAGUAUUUGCUGCUUUACUACAUUGUAAAAGUGAUUUAUCUCGUAAAUCAGAGGUCUUCCUUGAGUGACGGCAAGUUUUGCACUACUUCAUAUAUUUCUGGGAUAUCAGUCAUGUGAUGGAACUUUCAUUUCCCCACCCACCUUUGGGAGUCAUUGUGUGUGUGAACUUCAACCUCACAGGGCAAGGAAAGGUUUAGACUCUAUUAUGUUUAUCCUUUCUCUUCCUUCAUACUUGAAAUAAAGUUUUGGACUUGGGCUUCUUGUGUUGUCACUGUAGAGUAAGUUUGUUUCAUUUUCUCAUUUGCUAAAAGGGUACAAUGAUUAUCCUUAACCCUUACCAGCACCAAACCUCUUGAUAAUGGCAACUACUGUGGAGUAUCUGAAAAUACAUUAGAAUUUUGUGAGCUAUGGAGUGUUCGUCUGAAUGCUGUGAAUUAAAACUAAGCAUUGUACUUGUGUUUGGUGAAUGGUAAACUGCCUACUUUAAUGUAGUCCUGUUUGUUUCCCUUCUGGUACCUCCAAAAGCAAAGACUGUAAAAAUUCUUCUGUGUUGAUAGUAAAUGUUGAUUUCACGUU